CUCUCCUCGCUCGGCAUACACAUCCUGAAGUCUUCUGCCUCCACCUAUAAGGUUCUAUGGGAAGUGGUGUGUGAUAUGAGUGUGGCCCCAACCCCCCAGCCCAUCGCCAACCCCGAUGUGGUCGAUUGGGAAGGCCCAGAUGAUCCCAUGAAUCCGAUGAACUGGUCUCUGAGGAAGAAAGUCGCUAUCACCAUCACCGUGGCACUGCUCACUAUUUUAACGCCACUGGGUUCAUCAAUUGUAGCACCAGCUGCCUCCCAGAUCGUGGAGGAAUUCCAGCAGCCACAAAAUGAGGAGUUGAGUGCAUUCGUGGUCUCGAUCUACCUUCUUGGGUAUGCUUUUGGACCGAUGUUCCUCGCCCCUCUAUCCGAAUUGUAUGGACGCACCAUCAUCUAUCAUGUUUGCAAUGUACUCUACUUACUCCUGACCAUUGCGUGCGCCCUGGCCCCUAAUCUCCCGGCAUUCAUGGUGUUUCGUCUGCUGGCCGGCACGGCUGGCAGUGCACCAUUAUCUAUCGGAGCAGGAUCGCUCGCGGAUAUUAUUCCCCCAAAGAACCGCGGAUUGGCAAUGGGGGCGUGGGUGCUCGGUCCUGUGCUUGGACCGGUGAUAGCGCCAAUAGCGGGUGGAUACUUGGUAGAGUCAAAAGGCUGGAGAUGGACAUUUUGGGUGCUGGCUAUGUUGACUGCCGCAUUCUCAAUUCUUGCCAUGCUUUGCCUACGCGAAAGUCACCCGUACACUUUGCUUCGGAAAAAGACCAAAGCCCUGCAAAGGCAGACAGGGAAUCAAAACUUUCGGUCUGCCCUCGAGGCUGGGCAACCUACUUCCAGCCUCUUUAUGUUUUCUAUUCUCCGUCCCACGAAGAUGCUAUUUUUAUCGCCAACCGUGUCGCUGUUGGCGCUAUAUAUUGCAGUGAUUUACGGAUACUUAUAUCUCCUUUUUACCACCUUCCCGACCGUCUUCCUGAAUGUCUACCACUUCUCUUCUGGGGAUGUAGGACUAACCUAUCUGGGAAUUGGAGUUGGCUCCAUUGUCGGCAUGGUCUUUCAGAGCCUGACUUCCGAUCAGAUAUUCCAAUGGCUGAAGGACCGAUAUGGCUCCUCUAAGCCCGAGUAUCGCCUGCCACUUUUAUUCCUGUCGUGCUGGAUGAUCCCGGUGUCGCUCUUUUGGUACGGCUGGACGGCGAAUAGAGACAUUCAUUGGAUAUCGCCUAUUAUUGCUACCUCCCUUAUGGGAUUCGGCAUGGUCAUCGCUUUUACAACCGUCUCCACCUACCUGGUGGAUGCGUAUACAGAGUACGCAGCCUCAGCUAUCGCUGCAACGACCGUUCUUCGAUCUGUCAUUGGAGCAGUUCUUCCCUUGGCGGGUGGUCCAAUGUACAAAACCCUAGGGUUGGGCUGGGGAAAUUCAGUCUUGGCGUUUAUCGCCCUGGCCAUGUGUCCGUUGCCGUUUCUCUUUUACAGGUUUGGCGAGCAGAUUCGGAAAAAGACUUUUGUUACACUGUGA